UAUCCUCAAUUCAUACUCUUCGGAGAUUCUAUCACGCAGAUUGAUGGGAAUCCCGAGUUAGACUUCAGUUGCAUCCAGGCACUUCAACACGACUACAUUCGACGAGUUGACAUUAUAAACCGCGGCUUUAGCGGCUACAACACUUCCAACGCCCUAACCAUCCUCCCAAUCAUUCUCCCCUCUCCCGAACAAGCCACCAUCCGACUACUCACGCUCUUCUUCGGUGCAAACGAUGCCUGUAUCCCUGGUACAAGCGAUCAACAUGUCCCAGUUGAAAACUACAUCUCCAACCUCGAGAAUCUCAUCAUGCAUCCGCUCGUGCAGGCACAUGCGAAUAUUAAGGUUUUGCUAAUCACCCCACCACCUGUUGACGAAUGGCAAUUCGACGAUUCUGGUGAGCCCGGAAAUCCGGUGCGGAAAGCCGGUGUCACGAGAUUAUAUGCGGAAGCGGUGAAAGAGGGUGUAAGGAUUGGGAAAGCGGGAGGAAUGGUGGCGGAAGUUGUGGAUCUUUGGGGCGCAAUUAUGGGGGAGAUUGGAUGGGUGGAAAAUGAGGGCAAGGGUGUGGACUUGUUGCCUGGGGAUAGGAGGUUGGAGAGUAAUGUUGGAUUGAAAAUGAUGUUGUAUGAUGGGCUGCAUCUGAGUGGUGAGGGAUAUAGAGUGCUGUAUCGUGAGAUGAAACGGGUUGUGGGAGAGGCUUGGCCGGAAUUGAGGCCGGAGAGGAUAAAAGUGGUACUAGAGCCGGUCUUUCCGGGGUGGUGGGAGUAGCCAACGGACCGAAGAUGCGGUGUCUGGAGCUCGGGAUCGUUAGAUCUAGCGUUUUUGCGGGGAGAAGGAGG